CUGACUAGAAAUGGCAUCCUACAAAGAGAAUGGUUUGGAGCCCUCUAUAAAUAACAAUCACAGCCUACAGAAUUCCCCAGAAUCUGAAUCAAUAUGGGAUGAAGCUGAUGAUUUCUUUUCUUCAGAAGACACUGUGUUCAAAGAGCCAAGAUCCUCCCAGAUCAAAGUAUUCUACCAUAACGAAUCUGGACUAUCCAAGAACAAUAUCCAUAAACUCUGAGAGAAGAGUGACCACAUUGAGACUCCACAGUUCCAAAAAUCGAAAUAUAAAGACAAAAUUUCAAAAUCAUUCGGAGGAUUCGUUGAUGGGCUUGAGUCCUCUCCUUUCAUAGGGAGUACAGCUCCCGACAUCCGUAAGCCUUAUGAAAUCUUUGAUGAUGGGCAGAAAUUUAUCCAGAAAGUGAGGACAACCUUCUCUUUUGAGGAAGAGUCUAAAGUUCAGGUAACUGAUAAUGAAAUGAAACCGGGCAACCAUCCGCUUGGAUUUUAUAAUGACUCAAAAGUCUUGUUUAUCAAGCUAGAGGAAGUCUUAAUUUGAAAUUCAGACCUCCCCUUGCCUAAUCUCAAGCUUUUAACGACUUUUGAUAAGGGCUUGGAUGAAGAUAGUGAAGAUCCUGACGAAGUGAAAGAGGAAACUUUUCACUAUCUCAGACCAUUUUGAGUCCCUUUUCUGAAGUAUAUCAAACAAGGAUUUAAUAUUGUUGUCUAUACUUACCUCCCCCAAGCUGUAUUCGAAGAAAUUUUUGAUGAACUAGAGAGAUUAGUAGGUGAGGACUUAUUCAGCUCCUUGAUGUGAUUCCCCCAGAAUAGCUGAAAGACAGGACAAGCUAUAUCUACUAGGAAGAUAGAUGAUUUCUUCUCAAUUAGUGAAAAUCGGAACAUUGAGAACUGCUUCUUUAUAGAUUCAUCUCACGAAUUUUGAGAGAUGAAUAGAUUGAACUGAAUUCCGAUGCCAUCCUUUGGAGGUGACCCAAAGGAUUGAUGACUAUUUCUAUGCCAAAAGUACAUCCAAAACGCCUUAGAUGCUGAUAUUGAGCUAACAAAGGUCAUCAAUGAAAGUUUUUCAUAAUUAAUCAAAUAUGAGGUUUUCAAUCUUAUUAA